CACAAACCGCGCUUCACCCUUCACCUCCCACUGACGACACAACUCGGCCCGCCUCCCGCCUGUCAUAUCCAAAGCCCUUGUGCCGCACUGCUUAUUCGGUUCUUUGGCAGCUCAAUCACUUACUGGCCUCCUUGACUGGACCCCCAAAGUCACCGCCUGGUACCCACUCGACGCAGACAUUUUUGCCUACCAAGAUAGUUGCCUAAGAGCACAGCCGGACCCUCAACCGCCCAGAUCUCCGUUCCCCUUACUCCUCGGUACCUCUCUAUCGCAGACUACCGCCAUGUCACAGCAGACAGGCGCCGACAAGCCGGAGCUCAACGCUCUUGGCAAGCUCGCGGUGCGCGUUGCCGAGUACGGGCAAAAUGCCACCAACAACAUCUCCAACAGCUUCUCCAGCUUGACGACGCAAGGUUGGAUCCGGCUUAUUGUCAUUGUCGGCGGGUACAUGCUCCUGCGGCCACACCUCAUGAAGUUUGUCACCAAGGGCGCCGUCAAGAAGAUGGAGGAGGACGACGCCAGGUCGCGCGAAAAGGAUGCGGCCGAGGCGGAGAUUACGCCCAACGAAUUCCGCGGCAUCAAGGAGAAGCUCAUGGUUCAGGCCGAGGAGGACGAGGGAGACGGCACGGGUGCCGACUGGGGUCAGAAGGCUCGUGUGAGGCAAAGGCAGAUGCUCAAGGACCUCCUCGAGGAGGAGGAACGGCGGAGGGCCGCGGAGAAUGAGGACGCCGACAUCCAGGAGUUUUUGGAGGACUAAGCGGCGACGCGCUUUGCGUCCUGGCGGCCUCGCUUGUGUAUCACUCGUGUAUGCUAGGGGUGUGCUCAAUAAGCAGGAAUGGUAUCGGGCUGAGCGGAUCGAUCAAAGUGGACAGGCAUCAGGACAUUCGAGGAGGUCACGGCCUUGUGUCAUGCGAUUUGGACAUGUGCAGCAAAAUUGAACCAUCAGUGCUUCGUACAUGGACGGCUUGAUCGCUGUCAAA